UCAUUCAUAAACACAAGUCGAGUAAAAAAAAAAAAAACACCAGUGAACAACCAGCACAUGUGUUGUCUUUAACAUAACCUAUUAUUUUAUCCAAUCGUUGUCAGAUUGUAGAUUUGUCUUAUUGCAAUUAGAUAUAUUUUAUAACUAAGUAUGUCUGAAGAUAUUGACAAAAAAAAAUCUAAUGAAAAAAAAUGGACUGAUGAAGAACGCUUAGAGCUUGCCGCAAAACUUGAUAAUGAACUAGAUGAAUAUAUAAAUAGUUUAGAAAAAAAAAAAUAUACAGAAGGAUGGCCAGAAGAUCGAUGGCAAGAAGAGAUGGAGAAACAUCCGUUUUUUAUGAAAGAAAUUCCUGAAAGUGGAGAAGUUUCUCCACUCAUGGAAGGUCUUCAGCAAUUGAAAUAUAGUGAAGAAGAUAAUACUCCAGAUGAAUUGGCUGCUAAUUAUAAGGAAGAUGGUAACUUUAAUUAUAAAUAUAAAAAAUAUCGUUUAGCAAUUUUGAGUUACACAGAAGGUAUUAAAACACAGUGUAAAGAUGAUAAUAUACGAGCACAACUGUACAACAAUAGAGCAGCCGCUCAUUUUAUGUUAAAAAAUUACCGGUCGAGUUUAAAUGACAGUAAACAUGCUAUGAAACUUCAACCGAAUUAUCCAAAAGCAUUGUCCCGAGCUGCAAGCUGUUGUUAUUAUAUUAAAAAUUAUGAUGAAUGUAUUGAAUUCUGCAAUAAAUAUAUCGCUGAAAAUGGACCGAAUGCGGAAAUUUCAAGCUUGAUGACAAAAGCCAUUCUAGAACGAAAACAAAAACAGCGUAUAGAACGAUUAAAAAAUAAACAAGAAGAAACGGAAAAAAAGAAAGAGGAAAAAUUAUUACAAGCAAUAAAAUCGCGUAAUAUUAAAUUUGAUUUUAAUGAUAAAAAAAUAGUAGACAUGAAAAAUUUAGAGCCACAAAUUCCGCAAUUAGCUGAGCAUAGAGUACGAAUCGAUACCGAUGAUAGAUUAAUUUGGCCUGUUGUAAUUUUGUAUCCUGAAACAAUGCAAACUGAUUUCAUUCAAAACUUUCAUGAAAAUACUCGAUUUAUAGAUCAACUAGAAGAAGUUUUUACAGAACCUCCUGAAUGGGAUAUCGAACGGCGCUAUAAUCUUUCUAAUGUAAAUGUUUAUUUUGAAGGAGAUAAAAAAACAAUUCAUAAAGUGGAUAUUAAUCAAACAUUAGAGUCAAUAUUAAAAACCAAUGGAUUUAUUGUGAAAGCAGGAACUCCUUCAUUUUUUAUUUUGGUUGCCAACAGUGAUGCUGAAAAAAAAUUUUUAGAUAAUUACAAAUCUUCAAUGACAUUGUGAUACAUGAUUAAUAAAAUAAAAUAAAAUAAAGUAACUUAUCCUGAAUUAAUAUUAUGAAUGUGUUUCAAUAUUUUUUAAUAAUUAAAAAAUUGAUUUGGUUGAA